AGUAUUUUUCGUAUUUGUGUUCCGGUCACACUGAUAUUCAGUUGCAUAAACAGUCCACCAAAAAGCAAAACAAAUAUAAUGUCGUUUAGUAUAAUGCAAAAGCUUUCCUUACAAUGCCUUAAGGCUGACCAACCGCUCAUAACAACAAUACGAAAUGCUAGCAAGAAAACUGGCGGCAGCACGCGGAAUAAGAAGGGCCAUCCUCGUCCAAAACAUCGUGGAUGGCGAGUGCAAGACGGUCACUACGUUUCCCAUGGAACCAUAUUGGCUACUCAGUUGACGACGCGAUUUCAUCCCGGCUUGAACGUGGGCCUUGGACGCAAUGGUACAUUGUUUGCCAUAGAGCAUGGCAAAGUUGUAGUCACCUGCGAGCCCAUUGACCCCAACUGGGAUCACACCUGGAUUCAACGUAAUUAUGCGGGUCGGCAAGACCAAACUAUUUAUAAAAAGUUUUUCAAUGUAAUUCCUGAGAAGCAACACCAGCGUUUUCGUUUAGUUGACGAGAUCUAAAUUGUUAUUAAA